CUGAAGGCUGAGCGGACUGCUGGAGAGCGGGUUUGCUGCUGGAAUCCGGGGCGGCAGCUGCCAUGAGCACGGUAGACCUUGCCCGCGUGGGCGCAUGUGUCCUGAAGCACGCGGUGACCGGGGAGGCCGUGGAGCUGCGGAGCCUGUGGCAGGAGCAGGCGUGCGUGGUGGCCGGCCUGCGGCGCUUUGGCUGCAUGGUGUGUCGCUGGAUCGCCCGGGACCUCAGCAGCCUGAAGGGGCUCCUGGACCAGCACGGCGUGCGCCUGGUGGGCGUGGGGCCCGAGGCCCUGGGCCUGCAGGAGUUCCUGGACGGUGGCUACUUCGCGGGAGAGCUCUACCUGGAUGAGAGCAAGCAGUUUUACAAGGAGCUGGACUUCAAGCGGUACAACAGCUUGAGCAUCCUGCCGGCCUCCCUGGGGAAGCCUGUUCGUGAUGUGGCCGCCAAGGCCAAGGCUGUCGGCAUCCAGGGGAAUCUCUCCGGGGAUCUGCUGCAGAGCGGAGGGCUGCUGGUGGUUGCCAAAGGUGGUGACAAAGUGCUGCUACACUUUGUCCAGAAGUCUCCAGGUGACUACGCCCCCCAGGAGAGCAUCCUGCAGGCCCUGGGCAUCUCUGCAGAGGUCUGUACCAGUGAGUCGCCCAAGUGUGACGAGGAGGCGUGCUCAAGGUGAAGGCCCCGGGCCUCCAAGGAUCUGGGUGGUGUCUCCUGCCCUGGGCACACUGGGAGUUGGAUGUGAACAAAUUCCAGAAUCUCUGGGCUGGGGCUGAACUCUGCCUGGUCUGCAGGCAGCGAUGAGCAUUAAACUGCA